AUCUGACUGUUUGUUUUGCUCCGCACCUGUUUGACGUCUUUCAGGGAAAUUAUGUCUUUUAGGAAAAUGAUGUUCAGGCCGUAAAUCGUAGAGUGACAUCUGUGUGGACAACAUCCGAGCUGCACGGCGAUGUCACAGUUUGUUUCAAACUACAACUCUGGACAAAUGGAGGGAUUUUUCCAGAAUAUUUCUGUCAAUCUGACUGCAGUCAAAUCUGAUCACUGUGGAGUGGAUCUGUCCGUGUUCUUGUCCCUGACCGACAUCUUCACCGUUCUGUUUGGACAACCCAUCAUCGCGGCGCUGCUGUGGAUCUGCCUCACGUCCCGCAAAACCCCCGACGUGCUCAACUGUAACCUGGCUGUCUUCCACAACGUCCUGUACUGGAUGUGCUUCCUGCAUUUCUUGACCCAUAAUUUCAAGCUUGAAAUGCAGGCCGCUUUGCUGAAAUUCAUUGUCAUGUACGCACAAAUCGGAAGUCCCAUGAGUUUGAUGUUCAUCUGCGUCCAGAGGUACGUGGCCGUGGUCUACCCCACGUCCUACACUCUGCUGAAGAAGUACAGAUACAGUGAGGUUUGUUCUGCGUCCGUGUGGAUCCUGACGGUGCCCGCGGCCUACUUUUUAGCCUUUGCCUCCACCGUUCACCCAUCCAUUGCCAAUGACGUUUUGACCAGCGCGCCGUGCGCCUUGAUGCUACUGAUGAUCGCCAUGAUGGUCAGGUCCAGCAUCUGCAUCGUGAGGACGCUGAAGAACCCGGCGGCAGGCGGAGAGAAGCUCCACCCGGCCAAAAGAAAGGCCUUCGUGGCCAUGAGAGCCAUGUUCUCCAUCGCCAUCUUCUUCUACCUGCCAGUGGUAGUGAUUCAGAAGAGCACAGAUGAUGAAGACCAGGUGUACGACUGUCUUGCUACACCUGUAUGUUUGUUCCUGUUGUCUGUAGCCAGUGUUGUCCACCCGCUCUUUUACCUCUUCACACAAGGAAAGUGGAGAAAGAAAACCAGAAGAGCAGAGAAAACCCAAAGCCAAAAAAGUCAGACGAACCUACCAGGCAACCAGUGAGGUGGCCAAAGGUACGGAAGAAGCGAAUUGAUGACUGAGAUCAGCCUGGUUUAGCAGUUUAUACACAAAACAAUGGAGCAGGUUGUUUUUUUUUAAUUCAUAGAUUUAUUUAUUUUUACAAAAACACGCAGGAUUAGGUCAAGUGUUCAGUUUAAAUGAACCAUAGUUGUGAAUGGUGGUGUGAAUGAGAGCAAAGAUGAGUUGUUCCUGUGAUGGAUUGGAGAACUGUCCUUAGUGAAACACUGCCCUCAUCUGGCGGCUGCUGGUAUUGACACCCCAAAAAGGAUGUAGCCGUCGAAGACGAACGACCGAAUUGACAUCUACACAUUUUUUAUGGUUUCGAUUUCUACCCCGCAGUCAAAUCUUAUGAAAAUGACGACGUCUUUGUGUUUUUUGUCUGUGAUGAUGAUGGAAAUAUGGAAAUGAGGCGACGUUCAGGUUUAAUCGUGACGUCACUACGACCCCUUGAAACAAUCUGCUGCUAUAAAAAAGUAUUUCCUUCAUGGGAAAAAAAACAAAGGCGAAAAAAGAAAUGUAUUUGAAUAUAUCAAAUAUAAAUAUGUCAAAAUUAGAAAAUCAUCGCCGUUAAAGUGGAUAUUAACAUUUAAUUUCAUUUGUUUUAUCAAUGAGCAAAAGU